GAGCAUUACCGAGAGCUGGCCGAGCGUUGCCCGAGCGCUCCCGAGCGCUGCCCGAGCUUUGCCGAAGUAGGUCGGGAGGGCCCCUGCGCGGCCGAGGGGAAGCCAGGCCGGGAGCGGCGAGUAGUGCGGAGCGGUGUGCAGCAGGGCUGUCCAAGCCAUGAUUGAGGUCUUGGCCAAGCUGGGCCGUGGGCCUGUCUUCCUGGCAGGAGAGGUGCUGGAGUGCGUGAUCACUUUCACCAACCCAUUAUCGGCCUCAUCGACGUCCGCCAGCAGUGAGAUGCUGGCGUGGGCCAGCGCUCAGAUCCACUGCCAGUUUCAUGCCAGCGAGAACCGGGUAGCGCUCCCUCCUUCUGAUGGCAGCAAGCACGAUGUGCAGGCAGAGAAUGAGACAGUCUUCGUCCCCAACAGAGGAGAGCGUGGUCAGUGUAUCCUGUCCACACCACCAAAGAUUCUCUUCUGUGACUUGCGACUGGAUCCUGGGGAGUCAAAGUCCUAUUCAUACUGUGAGACGCUGCCCAUAGACGGCCCUCCCUCUUUCCGGGGACAGUCGGUGAAGUACGUGUACAAGUUGACCAUCGGCUGCCAGCGUGUCAACUCCCCCAUCAAGCUCCUGCGCGUACCCUUCCGUGUUCUCGUGCUGCAUGGGCUCAAGGAUUACCAGUUCCCACAGGAUGAGGCUGUUGCACCCUCAAACCCCUUCCUGGAGGAGGAGGAGGGCUUGAAGAAAGAUUCUCGCCUGGCAGACCUGGCAACAGAACUGCUCAUGGUGGCCACUUCCCGACGCAGUCUGCACCUGUAUAACAUCAGCAACACUCGUGGGAAGGUGGGGACGUUCUGCAUCUUUAAGACUGUGUAUAAGAUCGGAGAGGAUGUCAUUGGGACCUUCAGCUUCUCAGAAGGGGACAUCCCAUGUCUGCAGUUCUCUGUGAGCCUGCAGACGGAGGAGAGCAUCCAGGAGGAGUUCCAGCGCCGGCGGGGACAGCCGGUCUCCUUCAGUACGCAUGCCCGCCAUCAGGAGGCCUGCCUGCACACCGCCCAGAGCAGCUUCAGCCUGCCCAUCCCACUCAGCUCUACCCCAGGCUUCACCACCAAUAUCGUUUCCCUGAAGUGGAGGCUGCACUUUGAAUUUGUGACCUCUGGGGAGUCGGUGGGGACUUGCUUGGUUCGUGGGAGCCAGUCGGAGGCCGUCACCUGGACUGGGGUGGAGCAGAUGGAAGUGGACACUUUCAGCUGGGACUUGCCCAUCAAAGUCCUUCCCACCAACCCCAUCCUGGCUUCCUAUGUAUCUCAGUUCUCCAACACUAACUCCAUCACCAUCUGAAGUGGGGACAGCUGGUAGGGGCUUGUGGUGCCACAACCGUGUGCUGUGGUGGGAGUGGUGGGCAGGACUGUCACUGGCAUGCAUCCCCUUGGGUUCAUCUGGGACACCCAGGUGAGCAUCAGGCAAGUGUCCCAUCUGCAGCUGAAGGAGCACUGUGCUUGUUGCCAUGUCGUGUGCUGCAGCCCUUGGCUGGGAGCUGGACCCUUCCUGCUUGGGUGAAGGUGCAAGUCCCAGGACUCAUCAAAAAGAAAUCUGCCUCCCAGGGAAUGGCCUGAUGUGCCUUUACCCCAUGAGGGAACUUCCAACAGGGAAAGGCCCAGCCCAGGGAAAGGAGAGGGUGAAAUGCCUGUACCAGCCUUUGGUAAAGGCUGUGCUCCUGCAGGGAGACCCCGCAAGCAGAGAUCUGGUGUCCAGGUGAGGCACAGUGGCCACCUGGGCUGGGUGGGAGCCUGCGCUCCUGCCCUGGCACACGCUCUGUCUCUUGUGAGGGGUGUCUCACACGCACAGCUUGGUGCCCCCACCACCCUCACCCAGAGCAGCCAGGUUCUGGCAGGCCAGCCCUGUGCUGCUGGCAUGUGCUGGUGUCCUGGAUGCAGCCACAUCCUGUGGCAACACGAUAGUGGUCAUCGGAAACUGAGAAGUACUUGGUGCCUGAGCUGUGCUUCUGGGCACGAAGGCAUCCUGCUACUCUCAGGAUCCUUGGGGAGCUGGAGUGAAUGUGUGAUGUGCAUUCAGGAGCUGGGAUGGAGGACUCCCUGCUCAACAGCCAGCUCCCCAUUUCUACCAAACCUUCCAGAGAUUUCUUCUUUGUAUGGAAAACUAAUAAAUGUCUGAUUGUACAAAA